CACCAUUACAACUCUUCCAACACCAUGUCGACGAAAGCCGGCCUGCGCGCCGGCGACGGGGCCAAAGAUGGCGGUGCGUCACCUCUCUCCAAAUCCCUCUACAAUCUCUCCAUUCAGCAGCCUUCUUCCUCCUCUUCAAUGUCUCGCGCUGACACUACCUCAGACAUUUGCCCUGUCUGCAAAUCGUCUCGCUACCUGAACCCCAACAUGCAAUUUCUCUUGAAUCCGGAAUGCUACCAUAAGAUGUGCGAAUCGUGUGUGGAUCGAAUAUUCUCGCAUGGGCCGGCGCCAUGUCCAAUCGCUGGGUGUAGGCGCACGCUGCGGAAGGUCAAGUUCAGGAAGAUAACCUUUGAAGACCUAAAGGUGGAGAGGGAGGUUGAUAUCAGAAAGCGGGUGGCUCGUGUGCUUAACAAGCAGCUUUCAGACUUCGAGACCCUCCGCGACUACAAUGACUACCUAGAAACAGCCGAAGAGGUGACCUGGAACCUCAUACUUGGGGUGGACGUGGAGGCGACGAAUAGGAAAUUACAGCUGUGGGAGGAUUCGCAAAAGGCUGAGAGGAAUCCCAACGCAGUCAAACGCUCAUUCCAGGCCGACAGCUCUACGACGUCAGACGGUUCACACGGCGUGGUCCUUAAAAAGGGUGGAACACAGCGCAAGGCUAUGGCAUCUUCAUCAGGAAACACUCCAGACCCAUCGGCUAGCUUGGACGAAGCUUUUCUGGAGACCGGCUUCGCUUUCAAAGGCCUCAAGAAAUACGUUCCACCGCCGCCUGAGAAACCCUUCGAUCCUUACGGCGGCUGGAGUGUCAAGCCGCAGCUUUACACUUUACGGGGAGAUUAUGAUGUAGAGUGGUUGACGAAGGUCAAGGACGACCCGAGUCAUGUCGCUGGCGGCUAUGACAUGCACGAAUUCUAUUCGAGAGCACUCUGCGAAGCAUUUGGUGGACUCGGUGUUUUCAUCGACGAGGAAAUACCGGCAAGGGAAAACCAAUCGUCGGGCAAUGCAGUCAUCGGUACGCAGACGGCCGCGGCUGCAGCGACUGGCGCAAAGGACGUCAAUAUGGACGAUGUUUUCUGAAUUACAUGAUACCCAAAGAUCUGUUUCGCAUUUUGGGAGUUGGCAUUGGGUUUGGGCAUAAAUUUAUAUCCUGUAUUUUGAGAUAAUUUUAGUUAAUGCUUGCAGCUUGCGUUGACGCUGCCCGUAAUCAUAUCUGAAAAUUAUGGCCACG